CGAGGGGCUAUAAAAGCAGGCGGUGUGCACGUUCAAGUCACAAUCACCUCACACACUCAUUGAACCAACAAGUCUUAAGACUCAAAGACUCCUGCGAUACAUCACUUAAAACGGAAUUGUGCUGUGGAUUAUUCCAGCGCCGUGCAUCCAAGAUGUCCAGCUUGUGGCUCAGUUUGGCUUUUACCUUCUCAAUGCUUUGCAUGCAAGUCGGGUGCUGGUCCUACUUCUACUCCAACAAGACCAUGGACUGGCAGAAAGCCCGAGCGUGGUGCCAAGAACACUACACCGACAUGGUGGCCAUCCAAAACCAGGGGGAGAUCAGCCACCUCAACAGCUGGCUGCCAAAAAAGCCCACCUACUAUUGGAUCGGGAUCCGUAAAAUCAACGGCACCUGGACGUGGGUGGGCACCAACAAGUCUCUCACCGCCGAGGCCACCAACUGGGCCAAGGGGGAGCCCAACAACGGCAUGAAUGGCAGGAUCCUCGGCGAGAGCGAGGACUGCGUGGAGAUGUACAUCAAGAGGAAUUCGCAGCCCGGGAAGUGGAACGACGAGAGGUGCAGAAAGAGGAAAACGGCUUUGUGCUACACAGCUGCUUGUCAAAAAGACUCAUGCGUCCAUGGAGAGUGCGUGGAAACUAUAAACAGCCACAGAUGCCAAUGCUUUGACGGCUUCUACGGAGACAAGUGUGAGCAUGUGGUUCAGUGCAACAAAAGCGAACUGACCCCCCCUCACAGGGGCAUUGUCGUCUGCGCCGGCAAGUACGGCGAAUACGCCUUUGACUCCCUGUGUCACUACUCCUGCGAGGAGGGAUUCGAGCUCAGCAGGCCCGAACCCUUGCUGUGCACCUCGUCCAAAAACUGGUCACAACUUCCUCCUACAUGUCAAGCCGUUCAAUGCCCUGCUCUCCUCCACUUGGACAACGGCACAGUCAGCUGUGGCGACGACCCACACGGCAGGUUCAGCUACGGGAGCAGCUGCACUUUCAGCUGCGACCUCGGCUUUCGGAUGGCGGGCCCGAGCACCGUGACGUGCACGUCGGCGGCGCAAUGGAGCGAGGUCAUACCGCGCUGUGAAGCAAUCACAUGCCCCGCCCCCGAAGUUCCCAAAAGAGGCCACAUGAACUGCACCCCAUCCCUUCUCCCAUCCUGGAGCCUCCCUCCUCACGGUACUGUCUGCACGUUCAGCUGCGACGAAGGCCACGAGCUCCAAGGCGCGGCCAGCACGGCGUGCACGCAUUUAGGCGAGUGGAGCUUCGCGCCUCCGACGUGCACAGAGUCCACGUUUGAGGUGAGCGCCAUCACAGCUGGGGCAACAAUAGGAGGCGCCGUGUCCUUGUCGACUCUGUCGCUGGUCAUGUGGAUCCUGAGGCGCAUGAGGAGGAAAGCAAACAAGUUUGAGCUCAGCAGCAACUCUGACAUCGAAGUUCCCCCUCAGGUCUACAAAAACAGCAUUGACAGCCUCAUAUAGGACCGUUACAUCACCUUCACCCGUGAACGACGCCGGCCUGCGAGGUCAUCUGAAAAGCAGAAUUCAAACAAAAUUAUGAUACUUUUGUCAAUGUCGCUGACAUGUAUUUCCUCCCAAAGGGAGUUUGUAUUGAGCAUAUUGUUCAACACCUUUAGGAACAUGCAGAAAGUGUGACGUUACAUAACAGAGUGCACUGCCGCGUCCUUAAUAAGCUGUGAGUAGAUUUGUGUAUUUAUGUAAUAUUUGACAUUAUUUAUUGUAGCGUUUGAAAUGCUUUUUUACACCCUGUUGAUCUGUGGUAAUUUUCAAACUAUUGCCCAUGUGCUUUAAUUUUGCUUUUCCAUAUCAUGUCACUAAGUUGUAUUUACUGUAUUUAAUACAUGCAUUUCAUAAUAAAAGAUAAAUA